CCAUUUCCUCUCACUUCAACUUCCUACAACUUAAAGAAGCUGUGAGAGGAUGUUUUAUGUCUUUUCGUCAGCGAAAGUAUGUGUGAAAUGCACUCAUAUAACUUUGUACUCAUAUUUGUGCUUAUUCUGACAGAGUCUGACAUAUGUAACUCAUGGGAGGACCAGACUUUAGUCUGUCGUUAUGGUGAAGAGUAUGCAAGCUUGGAGAGGGUCUGGUGCAAGAAAGAGUCUGAGAAGUGCUGUACAGGCCUUGCUUUCAGUAAGAAAAUAAGGUUCAUUGACAAUGGAAGCGUGGAAAUAACUGACGACGUGGCGACUGCUUUCACAGUCACCGUGCAAAAACUGAGUCAAGGAGAUGGGGUGUACUGGUGUGGCCUGGUGUUUAAGAAUCAAACCAUCAUCAAGCUGGCAGAGAAAUACUUUCCAAAUGACUCUUCAUUUUAUGCGUGGAGCUUCAUACGCUGGAUUCUCUUCCCCUUUCUGCCACUGUCAAUCCUCAGCAUAUGUAUGCUCAAACGCAGAACAGUCAAGACUGAAAAGGUGGCGGAAGGCACAUACAGUGAAAUCCCCUUGCGUGCCAGAGGCGCAGAUCGUGAAGCUGACAACACAGUUAUUGAGGAGUGAUGGCAGAGGCAGAGUGGUGGUUCAAUAUCUCCGUCUUGUCAUAAUGUUGCAUCUCUGUUUCAGAGACUUGUGCUACUAUGUUAACUGUGCUGUUAGCUGUGUUUAGACACAUCAGGAAAUGUAAAACAUUAUAAAGAAAAUGAUAAAAUGUACUUAAUUUCUAAAGUUAAUGGAUAACUUUCAUUAACUUGUGUUCAAUAUUUUCUUAAUGGCCUUUUCAGAUUCUGGUAUAAAAAUGCUUGUGGAAUAUUACACAUAACACAAUAUACAACAAACACCGUUUUGACUGUAAAAAAAUGUGCUGGCAUUUAUUUCACAAGUGCAUACACAUGUACUGAUGACCGAUUUUCUUGAUAUUGAAUAAACAUUAAUUUAGGCUUAAAUUCCAA